UCCUUAGCACACGGUUUUGUUUACAACCACGUCACCAGGAAAUACAUCCCCGAAGUGUCAAAAUGCGGAGACAGGAAUCACAAGAUGCUCCUCUUUUUGGCGAAGAUGACGAUAACAUCAGGCCGAAAAUGUCAAAAAUCCGACAUCCGCUGGCUUCAUUCUUCCAUCUCUUCUUCCGAGCAAGUGCCAUCUUGGUCUACUUACUGAGUGACAUCGUCAGCGGGCGUUUCAUUGCCUGCAUGGUGACCAUCAUCCUCCUGCUGUCAUGUGACUUCUGGACCGUCAAGAAUGUAUCGGGCAGAUUGCUGGUGGGCCUUCGGUGGUGGAAUCAAGUGGAUGAAGAUGGAAAGAGCCACUGGGUGUUUGAGUCAAGGAAGACACACAGUCUGAACACGACAUCCAGUGCAGAGUCACGGAUCUUCUGGCUCGGACUCGUCGUGUGCCCCGUCUUCUGGGUUAUUUUUGUCUUCAGUACCAUCUUCACUUUCAAGAUUAAAUGGCUGGCUGUAGUCAUCAUGGGCCUGGUUUUACAAUCGGCUAACCUGUAUGGCUAUGUCAGAUGCAAGGUGGGUGGGGAGUCCAACCUGAAAAACAUGGCGAAGAACUACCUCAGUGUCCAGAUAUUUAAACAGGCCAUGAAGAAAACAGAGGAGCCUUGAAGUUAACGCUGGAUGGACACAUUAUGUUUAUUUGCUUCCUGUUGCUCUUUUCUGAGCGUAUAUGGGUUUUGUAAUGUAAAGGUUUGGGUAAAACUUUGUAUGUCCUGUUUCCUCAAAAUUCACUGACUUAAGAAUUCUGACUUUUCUAAUAACUCAAAUAAAAUACUAUGUAGUUGCUUUUGGGAAUACAUUUUAUACAGUUGUUUUGGCAAUGCAGGUAAUUGUAUUAUAUUUUCAUUGAUGUGAGGUGAUCUUGAAAUUAAAUGUGUAUGUGUAAUUAUGAUCAAACCCUUGCUGGUAAACUGAGUUCACCACAAGACUGUCACAGUUGCCAAUAGGCCAAUGCCAAUGUAUCUUACCCAGGAGUUAAAGAAGGUAAUGUUAAAAUGCCUGAUUCCUGAUGGGAUUUGUAUUAAGACAGUGCCCUAAAUUCAGGGCAGUUUUGUUGUAAAAAUGAAAGCAUUAAAUGUUUUUCAGAUGCAGCUUGAGUUUGAGCCGCUUCUGUGACAUUUAACAACACAGCCCUGCAGUCUGCAUAUGAAUGUACUCUAUACUGAUGUGAAGAGGGCAUUUGGAGAUAAUUUGGAGAAUAUAUGUGUUACCUUAUUGUGCCUACUGUUUAAACCUGGAUUGUGGACAUUAAAGUUAUACUACUGCUUUA